AUGGACAAGCUCAAUUACUAUGGCGACGCGGACGAAGAUGACAGUGAUAGAGACUCGUUACCUGAUUCUAGCCGUAAACGUCGCAACAAGUCCACGCAAAACAAGGGCAAGAAACGAGCUAAAAACAACGAGGACGAGGAAUUGCUGGUUUUCGGAUACGAAGCACAUUUAUUUCGUGAUGAUGAUGUAGCUGCUAGUAUAGAAACUGAUCGACUUCAGAAGUGGAAGAAUCGGGGUGAUCUCAUGGAUAGGUUCGACGUUCGGCAUUUAAUCGAUAACGAGCGAGAUCUGGACGGUGGUGAUUAUAUACCUCUCUCACCUAAAGCUAGAGAUGAAGAAGCUCUCGCUGAAGAAGAGAGAUGGACGGAUCUUCCUGUUGAAGAAGACGAAGAAGGAGAGAGCGAUGAAGGAGAAGGUGGUCGUGAAGGCAACAACAUCAAAUCAAAGUACCCUGCUCCCCAAUACAUUCCGCCACCUCCUUUAGAAGAACCCAUACAACCUCCACCGCCCCCACCUCCUCCAGACGGAACAAUAGUGAAACUAAAAGUACCAGCCAAACAAGGCAUGCUUCCUCCACCAACUCAACAACUCGCAGAUAUAAUAGAAAAGACAGCCAAAAUCGUACAUGACAGUGGUAAACCACAGCUCGAAAUCGUUAUAAAGACUCGGCAAGCUGGACGUCCAGAGUUUGGGUUUAUGGAGAGUGGACAUUACUUGUUCCCGUAUUACACGCAUGUCAAGAAUAUGAUGAAGUUGGGGCUUGCUGGGUAUACUUCUGAUGAUGAGGACGAAGAAGAGGAGGAAGAAACGAACGAGGAUGAUAAAGCUGUGAAUGAGAGUAAAGAGGAGGCUAAUGUAGAUGGACAAGAGCAACAGCGAGACACAACACCUGCUGCAACUGAAUACGUAGAUCUAGAAGCACAUCAACAAUCGCAAGUAGAAGAUGCCAUUAUAAUGGACGUAUUGGAAAAGACUGCUAAUGCAGUAGCGCGAAAUCCAGAGCUUGAAUCGCUGCUGAAGCAAAAAAAUGCAGGUGAUUCGAGGUUUGCAUUCUUGUUACCAUGGUCGUCACUCAAUCCUAUAUAUGCUGCGAGGGUGAAACAGUUGCGAGAGUGGUAUGCUAGUAUGUAA